GUACGACUAAGCACCCGGAAUUCCUUCAGCCAAACAGGUCGAUCGACACCCGCUAGUGGUAUUUAGGGGCCCCCUCUGGCUCCCGCUCCUUCUCUCGUGCUUGCUAUUCGAAAGCAAAUCCAGAACACUCCACCCUAGUCACUGUCCAAGGAUGGCCCAGAUGCAACUCAUCUUAUCCAGCAAACACCGGAAGAGCACCGGGAAGAGAUCUAGGACAGGUUGUCGUACCUGCCGGACCUUCAAUGCCCAGAAUCCGACGCAUCAAGUGUGAUGAAUCGCCAGGCCAAUGCAACAACUGUGUCUCUGCUAGUUGGAAGUGCGAUGGGUAUGAUGCGUACCGGUUGCCGCAGCGCCGCGGUCUACAGGACAUAGGCACUCGACUUGGAUGGAUGAUGACGUCGGAUGAACACCGUUGUUACUCCUAUUUUCAAUAUCACUCUGUUACGAAUCUGGCCGGGUUUUUCGAUUCCCCGCUCUGGCAGCAGUUGGCCCUACAGAUGUCUCGCGCUGAUCCGGCUGUCUUUCAUGCGGUGAAUAUGUUCAGUGCCGCGCACCAGGAGUCGGAAGGGCAUGAUAUGCAGAUGUCUGCACGGUCACGCGUUGGGAGCCAGCAGUAUUAUUUCUCUCUUCAACAGUCUACACGAGCCAUAGCGCUCCUGAACCAGCGCCGGAACUCCCAGGACCCCCAGCUGCGCCAAACGAUCCUCCUGUGCUGUCUUCUCUUUGUUCUCUGUGAUGUGCUCGUGGCGCAAUAUGACAGUGCGUUUACGCAUUUACACGGCGGUCUCCGUAUUCUAAAAGAACUCGAGAUUCAUGGGAAGCUGGAGUCGGAGGUUGCGCCAUCAAUCAUUGCUGCAUUCCGUCGCCUGGAUAUACAGGCCUCGCUCUAUGAUACUCGAUUUCCGAUCCUACGCCUGGAGGACGGGACAAGAUCCCCGCUCAAGUUAUUCGAAGCACCAACAGGCGGCUUUACUACCCUCGGCCAGGUACGAGAGAAGAUUGCGGUUUUAUUUACAGCCGGUAUACCCUUGAUUGCUAAGAGCUGGAGCCUGAACGGUCCCAACAUGGAGGCCAACUAUGAGUCCCUCUACCUAAGCCAACGGCGACUGCUAGCUAGUUUCGCUGAUUUUGACCCAUAUUUCAAGUCUUUUUGCGUAAUGAAAUAUCAUCAGUUGAGUGAGAAGGAGCAACUGGGAGCAGAUAUCGUGCACUUGCUUUACCUUGGUCAUACUCUCACACUCAAAACUGUGUUGAUCCGUGGUCCAGUGCCGAAGUCUUUGGUUCCGGAAUUCCUUGCGCUACUGCAGGCCCAUGAAGACAAGAUUGAGAAGCUCAGGUCUGUCUCUGGCCUGGUAAUGGACCAUGUCAUGAUCGCCCACAUGUACCUUGUGGCCACACAGUGCCCAGAUAUGGAGAUUCGAAUACGCGCUAUUCGUCUUCUGCGGUCAUGGCCACAUUACGAGGGCCUGCACAGCUCCAAUGUCACUGCUCUGAUGGCAUUGGGGGCACUCAGAAGGGACUUUCCCAAUGAAAGCCAGGCCUUGUCAGUGUUGCAGACGACAGAAGCGGAGAAUGAAUUUCUCGUCGACUCCUUGAAAUCUAUCAAGACUGGUGUGAGAGAACUUACCAUUCCGCUUUUUAGAAUGUCUGAGCUGCCAUCACGCCCAUGAUAUGUAGUGAGCGAUAAGUGUGGACUGCCGAUAGGCAUUGGUAGCUUCCUCUCCAGUCAAAGCCGGUGUUAUCAAUCAACACACGUCUCGAACUGUGGCACAGUGAUUUCAAGGACAAUUGAAAGAGCCCCCGGGGCCCAUCUGACGCGCUUCGAUUCUGUCCUUAGGAUAUCUCCGGGAAGUCCGACGGAGCUCGAGGGUCUUCUCCAUUAAGCCCGAGUUGCAGGUCUGAUGCCAUCCCUUCACAUUUGGCCCCGAAUGAACUCGGUGCACGAUGAUAAUGUCCCUAGUGUCG